AUAGAUUUAGCCAUCAGUGAUCUUUGUGCGCACUCUUUCGGCGAAUAUCGUGCACCGCACUUCUCUAUUUCCCAGCAUGCUGAACUCAUACACUGGGAACAACAAGAUGGCGCAGGCUAUCUUUGAAGCGCUUGAAGGCAUGGACAACCAGACAGUCCUGGCUGUUCAGUCACUUUUGGACGGUCAGGGAGGUGUUUCGGACCCCAACAACCAUAGUGUUUCAGGCACAGCUGCCAUACAGUCAUUGGAUGACGAGGACAUCUUUCUGUGUGGGAAGUGCAAGAAGCAGUUCAACUCCCUCCCUGCCUUUAUGACUCACAAGCGUGAGCAGUGCCAGACCAACACACCAUCCCUGGCCACGGUCUCUCUAGCUUCCAGUAAUGCCUACACCCCUGUGCCCUCCAUCAGCUCAGUGCCACAGACUCCUACAAACAAACAGGUGUCCACAUACAUCACCGUGCCUCAGUCUCCCCUUACUCACACGCUGGUCCAGGGAAACAUCCUGGUUAGUGAUGACGUGCUGAUGUCGGCCAUAUCGGCCUUCACUUCAAUGGACCAGUCUAUGGCUGCCAUGCAGCCCCCCAUUCAGAGCAAUCUGAGCAUGAACACAGGUGCCUCGUACUUGCAGCCACACCAGCAUCCUCCACACCAGCUUCCAUCCAGCCAGAGCCAGGUGCAGUCGAGCAAUGGCGGUCCUGUAGUUCAGGUUUAUAACUCACUACCGCCGAUCACUGGAAGCGGUAACUCGGAGGUCCAGGCACUGGGCCUUCAGCCAUUCCAGCAGGUGCAGGUACCCAGUCAGUGUGUGGAGAGCCAAGCAUUCAGCACCCCGCCUGUAUACAGUCCUGGCAAGCAAGGAUCCAAGACCAAAACCUGCAGCAUCACCACUAAUAUGACUGAGCUGGGAGACUUUGACAAAGAUGCGAAUUCAAGACGCGUCAAGCAUGACAACAGUCAGGAUGGCCAAGCUAAAGGCAAAGCCCAGAAGCUGAAGUGCAAUUUUUGUGAGAAAUCGUUUAUGAAAAACUUUGACCUCCAGCAGCACAUUCGCAGUCACACGGGAGAGAAGCCCUUCCAGUGCAUUGUGUGUGGCCGUGCCUUUGCCCAGAAGUCCAACGUGAAGAAGCACAUGCAGACCCACAAGGUGUGGCCGUCGGGCAUGGUGAGCACCGUGUCCCGACUGCCUGUUACCGUCAAGGUGGUGCCGUUAUGUGCCGAAGAAGACCCGGGGGGAGAAGAGGAUGAUCCAGGUAAACUGACUCCUACUGCCAGGGCUCUGAAUUGGUCCCUGAUGAACCCAAAUAACUCUCUGCUGGCUGUAGGUGGACUGGAUGAGAUUGAGGGUAACCAUGAGGUGGCAGCAGACAGACAGAGUGGAAAGGGUAAAAGCAAGCAGAUAAUCCUGAUCGACAGCUCCUACCAGUGUCAGUUCUGUGCGGGCAAGUUCAAUACCUACUUCCAGCUCAAGUCCCACAUGACUCAGCACAAGGAUGAACAAGUGUACAAAUGCGUGGUGAAGUCGUGCUCGCUAACUUUCCAGAAGCUGGACCUUUUCCUGGAGCACAUCCGCACGCACCAAGAGCAGCUCACCUAUCGCUGCCACCUGUGCAGCAAGGUGUUCCCCUCACUCUUCGACUUGAGCGUGCACCAGUACUCGCACAGUUUCUGCCCCCAGCAGAGUCCACGCAAGGAGACCACUUUCUACAGGUGCAUGAAGUGCCAGAGCAAAUACUCCACACAAGAAGCCUUGGAGCAGCAUCUGCAAACAGCAUCACACAACUUCCCUUGUCCCCACUGCCAGAAGGUUUUCCCCUGUGAGAGGUAUUUCAGGAGACACCUCCCUACCCAUGGCAUUGGUGGGAAGUUCAGGUGCCAGAUAUGUAAGAAGCUCUUCAAGACUGAACACUACCUCAAGCUCCAUGUUCGGAUUCACUCUGGCGAAAAACCAUACAAGUGCUCCCUGUGUGACGCCACCUUCAACCGAAAGGACAAGGUGAAGAGACACAUGCUCAUCCAUGAACCCUUCAAAAAGUAUAAGUGUCCUUUCAGGACACACGUUGGCUGCACCAAAGAGUUUAACAGACCAGACAAGCUGAAGGCUCACAUAUUAUCCCAUUCUGGCAUCAAGCCCUAUAAGUGCCAGUUCUGCCAGAAAGCCUUCAGUCGCCGGGCACACAUGCUGGAGCACCAGCGCUCGCACACGGAUAACUACCGCUUCCGCUGCCCUACCUGCAACAAGGGCUUUACCCGGCAGAAGUAUUACCAGGACCACAAGUGCCCACUUGCUGCCCGGACAGACGAAAUGCGGGGUCCAGACAAGAGGGUGCCCAGGACCAGGCAGGCCAAGCAAGGAUGCAGGGUGGUGGGGAAUGGCCGGGAAGGUUUGGUGGCUGUAGAGGUAGCAAUAAGUGGGAAGGCGCGAAAAGAGGCAGCGCCUGAGGAGGCUGUGGAGGACGCGAGGAUCCAGGACAGCCAGGCUGUGUUGUCAAUUGAACAAGAAGAGAAGAGUGUCUCAGAAGAGGGAGGACGUGGUGGCGGCACAGGGAGCACAGAGGAUCUCCCGAAAGCGAUGCUGACCAUGCCUGUGUUUAUAGAGACUGUGGACUGAGCCAGAGCGAGAAUGCUGCGGAUGGUGCCGAAGCGGGCGUGAGGUGCAUUCCAGCUCCUUCAGCAUGAAGCAGCAUAACCAGGGAUGCACUGCAUUGUUGAAGCUUUCUAGAAGCACUCCAUUUACCACAUCAGCUGAAUGGGUCUUGUGGUAUGUCCUAGAUGUUUUACAUUAAAACGUUACAGCUUUCGUUUUUGUUUUGCACAUAAGAAAACCUUCAGCCUUGUUGAAAUAUUUAUUAAAAAGGCCCCUUGCAGCAUGGUAAGGUGAAGAAUUAA